UUUCGCUCAGGACAAAUUUCGAUUGCUCGAUGGAGACACGAUCCCUGGUGCUGCUCGCCGGAGAGUAAACAAAACUAAACUUUGUUUUUUUAUUUUACCAGGUAAUGCCCACUGAGCUAUGUAGCUCUUUUUGCAGAAGCGAACUGCUCACAAAGUCACAAAUGAUAGCUCGACGGAGUGGCUUAUCGCGUGGAAUGUUUUUCAUCGCAGCCAAAUACUCUAAACGCGCGUUGUUUCUAAAUGUGAAGGGGAAAACAGGAGGACCCGGAGAAAAAUGGUGACCACGGGGGGAAAACGCAAACUCCGAAUAUACAGGCGUCAGGGUCGGGGUCGAACCUACGCCUCCCUUGUAUACCAGGCAGCGAGGUACUUCACAUCUCGCCACCGUGGCGAGAUGUGAAGCCACCGGAGCCGCUGGUGCCACCGCUGUCAAUGUCCCGUUCAUCUCGGCGUCUGUCUCCCACAGGCGUGAUCGUGUUCGCCCGCUCGGCAUCGCGCAGCCCGGACUGGCCGAGCGGAGCGCAGCCUCGCUCACCCUCGUCGCUCCGGCGCUGCCCGAGCGCGGACUCCCUGCCGCUGCCCGCCCUGGGAGCCGCCGCCGUCGCCGCUACCACCACCACCGCUCUCUUCCCCGGCCACGGCGCCGGCCUCUCCCAGUUGCCGCCCCCACGGUGCCACCCACGGAAGGAAGGCCCCACCCGGCAUCCAUCCUCGCCCAGCCGGCCCAACCACGACAGCAAGAAUACGCCCAAGCUCAGCACCAUGGUUCUCUACUGCAAAGUGUGCGGCGACAUCGCCUCGGGGCUGCACUACGGCGUGCACGCCUGCGAGGGCUGCAAGGGGUUCUUCCGCCGCAGCAUCCAACAGAGCGUGCAGUACAAGCGUUGCCUGCGCAGCGAGAGCUGCCCCAUCGCCCGCACGAGCCGCAACCGCUGCCAGUACUGCCGCUUCAAGAAGUGCCUGGAGGUCGGCAUGUCCAAGGACGCCGUGCGGUACGGCCGCACGCCCAAGCGGGAGAAGGAGCGGCUUCUCGCCGAGAUGCGCAGCCUGGGCCUCGUCUCCGAGGUGCCGCCGGCCGAGCCCGACCUCCCCCCGGGUGGCGCCAGCCGCCCCGCGUCAUCGUCGCCGCUCGCCACCGCCGGCCACCCGUUGGCCUCCCGUGGCCCCCCCGGGGGCCCCGCCAGCCCCGAGCUGGGACGGCCGCCCGAGGGCCUGCGACCGUUCGCGAGCUUCUGCGAGAUGAGCACGGACUGCGAGAGCGACGGCCGCGCCAGCUGCCGCAGCUACGGGGAGUGGUCGGACCCGGGCUCGGGCGACGGUGCCUACGAUUCGCCGAGGGGCUGCGGCGGCGGCUGCGGUGGAGCGGCGUCCGCGGGGGACGAUAUCGGCGCGCUCUCCGGAUUCUGUCCGGUUCCGCACCUUCGGCCAAACGUCCUGGCGUGCCCCCUCAACUCGAACCCGCUGGGGCUGCACGAGGGGGGCCCCCAUGCGGCCUGGGAGGCUUUCUCCCGCUGCUUCACGCUGGCCGUUCGUGAGGUCAUCGAGUUCGCGCGCGGGGUCCACGGCUUCCAGAGCCUCUCCCGCCACGACCAGGUCGCCCUGCUCAAGUCCGGCACGUUCGAGGUGCUGAUGGUGCGCUUCGCGUGGCUGUUCGACUCCCGCGAGCGCUGCCUCACCUUCCUGGGGGGCCGGCGGUUCGGCGAGGACGAGCUGAGCGCCAUGGGCAUGGGCGAGCUGCUGGUGGCGAUGUUCGACUUCAGCGAGAAGCUCGAGUCGCUGCGCCUCUCCCCCGAGGAGCUGGGCUUCCUCAUGGCCGUCACGCUCGUCUCCGCAGAUCGGGCGGGCGUGGAGGACGCCCGUGCCGUGAGGCGGCUACACGAGGCGCUGACGCGGGGACUGGGCGCCCUGCUGGCGCGCAACCACGGCAACGACCCCACGCUGCUGUCCCGCACGCUGCUUCGCCUGUCGGACCUGCGCGCCCUCAACGGCAUGCACUCGCGCAAGCUGCUCAGCUUUCGCGUCGACCUGUAGGCGCCCUCGGCCCCGCCGCCACCGCCGCUGCGCACCAGCCAUGCCGUCGCCAUGGCGCCGACGGCCACUGGCGCCGCGUCCGGUGGGGACGGCACCCGCACGCUCCGAGAGGGCCGCCCUGGUGGUUCUGGGUCCCGACCGCACAGCUGCCCAGGUGCUCUCCCGCGGCGCCUGUGAACCGGAGCUUUUAAUAGAAGGGCACGCGACUCCGAUGGCCAUCCCUUACGCAUCGCGAGGCGGUCCCAACACAAGGAAAUGCGAACAGUCCGCGUUGGGUCGAGGCCCUCGGUGAAGGCCACGGGCUCGGUGGCGCGUGUGCGGUGCACGCGCGCGCGAGCCACUAGGCCAAGAGGAUGCCGCCAGGGAGGCCGCUCUCCAUUCAGCACCCGCCCCGGAGACGCUUGGGGAGGACAUCAUCGCUAAAAGGGCCUUUUCCGGGAUGCUUUUCUUCACAUAGUCGUUCAUCUGUGGCGCUCGGGUGGCGGGGGGAAGUCGAGUUUGUGCAACCGACUCGCCGCUCGCAGGCUCUGGGGUCGCAGCCGGGCCGGGUGGCGCAGUGUCUGGUUCCACCGCUGUGCGCGCACAAAGCCACCCCCGUUGAAGGUUCACUCAGAAUGGCGCAGCGAAGCCUCAGAAUCAUCGCUGCCGGGCUUGCCGAGUGGCCCUGUGGUGUGUUUUCUUUUUUUUACCGAAACAAAUAAAAAUAUAUAUAUCUACAGGAGCAGCUGCACGCAGGCAAGAGCAAGAGCAUCGUCUCGUCAUGUUUUCCAGUGACCCCCCUGAUGCUGCUCGUCGUCGUUAUGCUUUGCAGGAGGAGAUUGUUUUCUCCGCAUCAUUAUGGGACAAGUAGUUUGCCAUCACAGGACGCUCGCGGUGAACCGCGCAUCGAGGAAAGUGACGCCUCGACGGAGAUUUGUACAACAAACAAUAUUUCUCAGCCUGGCAUUGAGUGGCGAGCAGAUGUUGCGAGUGGGAUGCCUGUUCCCGACAGGAAUAGACGGAGCGCAACACGGUGAUGAGGCUCGCCGGUGACAGCAUCAUCUUUCUGAAAAAUGGAAAUGGCGCGGCACAGCGGACCGUCAAAUUACAACUCGGCACUCGGCUCGUCACUGCGCUCGGCAUAACGUUACACUUUUCCCUCUUUGCUUAGAUUAUUCUUGAAGUGCAACAAAACAGCCUCGGGCGUUGGGGAUCAAGAGAGGAGGAAUUGAUCAGUUAGCCGCUCCUACAAUGAUUGGACGAAUAAAUUCAAUAUCGGGCAGCUAUUGAGCGUGGACAGCGAAGCACUUUGGAAGUGACCUUGGCUCGCAUGCCCUGAGCACUGGGAAUCCCUACGAUUAACUUGCAGUCAAAGUGGAUAAACGUUCAUUCGUGGGUUGUGCUCUGUCCUGACGUGUGGAAGCGGCACUCUUGCCGUUUUCAGCAUGCACUGGAGUCCCAUAAUGCACCGGGACUGCAUUGUUUUGACGUUGCAUUUAUUUAUCAUCUCGUGUGCCACCUCUCAUAAUAAAGCCCAGGCAACGCUUUUUUUUAUCAUUCCUGACAGCAUGUUCUUUCUCAAAAGAGAAGACAGAUUCUGUGGAAUGCAGAGCUGUUAACAUUAUGCAGGAUCUUGGAGAGAGUGCUGUGUUUUUCGCACCUGUUAAACCCAUCAUGAAUAGUAAUUAGCACGGUUGGCUAUGCACGGUGCGAAAUAAGUUCAACGUGGUACAUUAUUUGACAGCUCAUCACUACGCUAGAAAAAGGGGGUUGCAAGCAAGGUUGCUGGUUUGCAAUUGCAUCUCGGCAAUGCUGAGUGAUCCCGUAGGAUUGAUAUUCAACUGUCGCUCCCCCAUGUCCCUUCAGCUUCAAUGCCGUCAAUGCAUUGCGAGGCGGCGGUGGCGCACGCCUGCAAUCCAACACCGUCGAGGCGAGGGUCGGUGCACCGCACAAAACGUUGCGAAGCCUCUUUCAGGUUGGGCAUCGAGGAGCCAUACUGUCACUUGCCAGGAAAAGGCAGCGCAGCAAAUGUGGACCUCACCGGAUGCGUCCAUAUUGUUGACCCAUAGCACGGGCGGGGGUACUUGGGGUGCCCCCGGUUUCCACCCACGUAUAAACUCUCAUUAAUUGGCUGAUAACACCUUAACCCUUUGCCAUUCCGAGACGUCUGCAAGUUGCAGGGUGGGUCCUGUGCACCGCUGAUUCUCGGAACGCGCAAGCGGUUCAGCGUGAAUUUUAUUUGGAGAGGCGUAGUAGUUCCGUUCUUUUUAAAGAAGUUGUACUCACCAUAGAGAACUGUAGCGACACGACCGCACUCUACGAUAGCUGGCGCCAAACUACCACACGCUCUCCUGCAUGGCCUUUUGGAUAACGUAGGUGAACAACAAAACAGCCUUUGAGCGUUAGAGAUUAAGAGAGGAGUAAUUGAACAAUAUCAGCUGCUACUAAAAUGAUUGAUGAAUAAAUUCAUGGCCUUGUGGGAGAAAGUAUGGCAGAAAAACUCCUCAACAAUUUCAGCCAAUUAAUCAGCCUUUAUAUAUGGGAGGAAACCGUGUACGUCAUGGGAACGGAACUGGAAGAAAAACUGAUUACGUACAUGUACGUCAUCGGAAUGGGAAAGGGUUAAUAUUUAGAGGACCGCAGAGAUUGGGCAAUUGGUGGCGCCCACUUGUCUGUAGUUCGGCGCGUCUCUCCGAGAGUGGGUGGAUACUGUGGCUGUUAGAAGUCGAAAGCGGGAGUUAUAUCAUCGUCCUUGGUAAGAGGAUGUUGUUGCAAAGUGAAAUGCAGUAUCGUACAAAGAAUCCUCUCAUGUAAAGUAAUGUUAUAUUUAUACUCUGUCGACGUUGAACCCUACGUUAUUGGCGAGAGGAGCGACUGAAGGAAAGCUUCGUCAUGUUCAGCAGCGAAGCUGAUUGGUGCUUGUUCCGGGUUGCAAAUGUUGGACCAAUAGGAGACCUUUGGCCCUUUUCCACGGGCACAUCCAAACCACGCCAGCGCAAGCGCCCUUGCGGAUUGCGAGUUUUCCCACUGGUUAUUUGUGCGAGCGGAGACGGAACCGACCCGUGUAACUCUUGGUCUCACAAGGCAUCUGAAUUUGGCUCGGGGGGGGAGGGGGGCCAAGCGCGGGCCAGGGGCGAGGUUCCGCAGUAGCAACACAACCUGGUGCCUGCCGAAGCCGGGCCGGGCCAGCGCGGCUCGCUUGUACAAUGGAAAAGAGGUAUUUAAGUCCACCACGGAGGUUUGCAGACCUGUGCGUUUUAUUGCAGUAGUUGAGCGGCGAGUUUGACUUGUUCUAUGACCGAUCGUGUGCCGCCUCGGCUGAAGCGUUGUGAGUGACAAUCUGCCGUUUUAAUUAGGGUCCGUGCUGAGGCACAAUGAAAUAUCUUCAUUUGCAAGUUGAUUUAGGAUGUCGGCUUUCUUUAAAAAGGUUUCUACCAUCCAACCGCUGCUGUCCACCAUUGUGCGGAUGGUUUGUAGCAAAGCACAGCUUGAGAUUCGACAUGCACAAGUUGUUACUUUUUCAUGAGAGUAAAAAAAAUAAGUGUUUAGCGGUCAUGAAACACAGCCGGGAAUGUUUAGUAUGGGGUGGCUGGGUGGUAGCAUCCACUUAAGGCUCCGCGAGCCCCAUUCGGUAGACAGCAGGGUCCCUGUGGUAAAUGUGUUUCACAGUAAGCACACUAUUACGGUUCUGUGAUGUACAAAUCAGCUCAGCUGGAGGAUUACAUAGCCAUUUGCCAUGCUUUGUACAGAAACGUUGUUUGACAUUUCCGGCGACAAAAGCCUCCUUUGUUAUGUGCCACAAUGGUGUUCGAUUUAAUGUACACGUGGAAGAUGCAAUUGCACUCAAAGAGCAGCAUUUCAAAGACUCUCUCUCAAAUUACACACGUGAAGCCGCAAUCCCAUUCGCUGGGUCGUCUUAAGGUCACCCGAAAUCGGAUGAUGAGAAAACUGACGGAUAAGAGCUUAACAUGGUUUUAUUUUUGGAAGUAAUAGAGGUGAAAUAUUACAAUACAAAGACAUGCAGUGACUAAUCUAAAAGAGCCGUCCAUCCUUUGCAAGGAUUAUUGAGGACACUUGCUGGCUUUUAUUAAUGUUUGAAUACUUGGCCCAAUGUUACACACAGUUUUCUUGGGGUUUCUUUUUUUCCUGCAUCACUAUUUAUUUGUAACAGUUUAUAUUUACACAUCGUGGUUGACAUUCGUAGGCAAGACCCAUUUGGCCUGGUUGGUAUGUGUGCGAAAGUCCUAUUCAGUCGGGAACAUGGAAAGUAUGCAUUUUUUAAUGUACGUAUAAGCACCGGGUUCUACAUGAUCGUUAACGAUGGCAAGAUUUACACUAAAUGGCUCACCGUGAUAAAGGUGAGUGUGUAGAAAUGAUCUUCACUCGAGUCCACCUUGACCGUUGAUGUUUUCAAGCCUGAUUCCGUGACAUAUCAGUAGCGUGUGACGUGUGAGGAGGCGUGUGUGGACUUGCCAUCUGGAUUCCCGGAGCUUGAGAUUCGUGGGAUCCUCGUGGUGAGUGCCCUGAAACGUUGUGAACGGGCCUCACUGAGGAUAUCGGGCAUUUGGCUGGUGAGCCGCUCCUGAAGUGGCGCUUCCCCACAAAUCAUUUGCCGGUUGAUACAGACUAUGAACUAUUCUACCAGACAAGGCCCACUAAACUAUAUUUCUCUUUUUCAGAAACGACCUGGCCACAAUCAAUAGCUCAACGAAGUGGAUUAUGGCAUGGAAAUGGAAACAAGCCAAAUACUGUAAACGCGUGAUGUUGAUUCUAAAUGUGGAGGGGAAAAACGAAGGACCCGGAGGAAAAUCCACACGACCUCGGGGAGAGAGAAACGCAAAUUCCAAAUAUACAGCAGGCGUGAUGGUUGCCACCUCUGAUUUGCGAAGAUUUUACAAAGAAUUAACAUGUGUGAUGGGAAUACAAAAUAUCUCACGAUGCCAGAAAAGAGAAACUGUAUGCAAAUGCAUCGUCCUGGGUGGUGUAUUAUUACACAACUGAUGUAAAAUGGUGCUUUUAAUGUCCAGGAAGGACUUGCAGAUUUACUAGGACAGCGGCGACCUCAAAAAGAGACAUCCUGGGGAAACCCCAAGACAGGUGGAACCCCCUGCGGCUUGAACGAUGUAGACAUUAAAGUUGGGGCCAUGUGUGAGAAACGCCCGAAAUUCAGGACCAGCUUAUUGGACAAGUUCCUGUCUUAGCAGACGGCAGAGGCAAUCCCUGUCUGCAGUUGAAGUUAAUCGCGUGUGCAAUGUUUCUGUGUUUCAUAACUUUAUUGCAACCUUCUAAUAUUGAACUGCAUCACAUGUCAAACGGAGGGACUUUGCUCCUCCUGUUUUAAAACACUGUUGCAUGUGACUGAGCUGUAAAAUUCAGCCUAUGUGUGUAUGUUGUGUGCACCUAUGAAUGUUGUCCUCCCGCCGCACCUCCAAUUAGCACGGUUGGCUACGUACGGUGUGAAAGAAGUUAAAAUACACAAAGUACAUCAAAUGAAUGAGGUUGAGAGGCCCGAUCUCAACCCUACCUUCUUGCCUGAGCAGCCUAGCAAGAGACCCCCGAGAGGCGAUCUAGACAAAGGAGAGGCGCCUGCUUGGCCUGUGAUGUAAAGUCAAAUAACUCGGCAUGCUGGAUCAGCAAAUGAGGCCCAAAAUAGGACAAUGUGAGACAAGUAACUAAGAUGAACUAUUACUUUUAUAAACGAAUGCAUUAUUCUUGUUCAAAAGUCUCCGCGCAUUGAUGCCCAUACACAAAAAAAAUUAACCCGUAAAAACAAAGUUUUUCACUAUAAAUCCUUUAUAUGUAAGAUCACCUCUUGACAUGCCCCGUAUAUUCCCGAGGGCACUAGCGUUGACCCGUUUUACCACUUUCAAGAACCUGGCGGCUUCAAUGUAACUGCUCUAUAAAUAGUCUCCACUGUACAGCGUGGGGGCAGGGAUUUCAUGCCAUGUGGUUAGUCAACAUUUGCGUCAUCAUGAAACGGGCGGCUACAGUCCUCUCGUCCUCUGGCUUGAGAUGACUGCCACCUAUGGGUCAGAUGAUUGUCUGCCACCAUUAAGCAAUUGGUAAUUAAAUAUUUUUAAAAAAUUCCCUAAACAGUGUAAAAUUUUGGAAAAAAAAUUUUCACGAAAAUUAAUUGUCACGCACAACGAGUCUGCGUGCAAAAUGUCAGCUCGAUUGGAUCACGGGAAGUGGGUUAAAAAACGACCGAAAGAUUUGCACGGUCGUAAGCAAGCAAGCAAGCACGCAAGCAAGUGAACUUAAUAUAAAGGAUUUAAAAAAGGUCAGCUGUUAAAACGUAAGCAUUGCCAUGAUGACCAUGUGAUCCCCCUCCAGCCAAUCGGCGUGCUCGGCGCCCUGUGUUGCCACAGCCUUGUGCAAAUUGCAGCCCCGUGUUAAACGGGGCAAAGUCAACGAUAACGUUGUACGAAACAACGUCAAUGUUUGACAAUUGCACCGUUUAACUUCAUGUAUGUGUGUUGAACUUAUUUCGCGAACCACACUCAGCAGAGGUGCGGGGGUAGGGCAACAAAUUAAACACAUAAGGCAGUUCUAAAGAAAGGAGUUGUCAAUAUAGAUGAUUUUAAAGUGCAUAGCCCCAGUGGCUUCUUAAUGUCAGAAGGAAGAGCAUUCGAGACGGCUGCAGAAGCGCAACUUUAGCUGAAGAACUUCUGCAGGUUCCACCGAGGGAAGCCAGACUUUGUUCUUUCUACAGUUAGUAGUAACCUUUACACAAAUUAGCCUAAGUUAGUAAUCCUAUUAACAUGGGAUUUAUUUUUAAACUUCCUCGGAUGGUGAACUUGCAUCUCUUUUUCAGCAUAAAGGCAGAGUGCUAGAAAGUUAAAGCGCCCAGGGAUUGGCGAAUCUAUGCUGAAAAGGUGGAAAUGUGGCUUAGUUGGUGGAAUGUACUGUUCAUAGAGAGUGCCCUUAAGCUAGCCUACAACAGAUGCACCUUACUGUUGGUCGGAUGAGUAAAAUAAUCUGGCACGGUGAGUGGUCGCCGAAUGGGUGAAGCCCCCGAUGGUUACGUGUGACUUUGUUGAAGUGCUCCGUUUGAAUGUGCCUCCCGAGAUGACGAAUGUAAGCCGAGGAGCGCGUCCCAUAAGCUUGAAGGCCAUUCGAUGCGAGACGCACAUCAUUUCCCUCGCGUGGACAAAAACCCGGUGGUGUGACGCGUGCAUUUCUCAGCUUUGGAACAGCACGACCGUGUGCGGGUGUGGAAUCUGCUGCACCUUGAGGGGUGUCGACUGCUGCCUAUCGGCAUCUACACAGGGCCGACUUAAUUCCCAACCUGGUGGACGUCUCUCGAUUGGGAAGCAUCGUGUGUUUACAACGACCAAAAUAAGUUGUGCGAUAUUCAUUUAGGCGGGCGUGCGUUUGUCUUUGGACUUUGGUCGGAACGUCGUGCGGGCCCCCGGAAGGAUGAUGUCGCAGUGGAGACGCGGCCAUGGCUGGCGCGAGAGCGCGUGCGUGGAUGAACCGCACGCGGUGGAGGGCAGCACGACACAGGGCAUCGCUCCGAGGCGCCGGACUGGUGACCUAUGGGUUGGAUUCACCCAGGAUAUUAGAACCGCGCUCAAGUGAACGUCGCUGGCCUCGCGCUACACACGAAAAAAGGUGCUCGCCACCACCGCAAAGCUUCAUGACAUCGUUGACACGUGGUGUUGCGUUCACAUUUUGGGCCAAGUUUGUGUACAAACUACGACCUUUAUGCAGGGAGAAAACAUUUUUAAAAAUCCAUUCUGAUAAAUGAGUUCAAAUUAUCACUGAUGUCAUAUCAGCAGCUCCGUGGUCGGUGUCUCACUGCGGUCACGCGUGUCAUCGUCGCUCGACUAAGCCCCACUUGGGCUACGUCACUUGGUGAGGCUUCGGUGGCCCAAUACGUUCCGUUGACGUCGUGCGAAAAGGGAUCCUGCGUGAACCCCCGCCUCGGCGUCGAUACUUUAAUCACUUUACUUUUGAGUGUAAGCAAAAUGCGCAUCGGAAGCAACGCACUUACUGCUGUACCUAUGCAAACGUUUGGUGAAGGAAGCGACAUCGGCAGGGCUGCAACGGCUUUGUAGAAAUGCUGUUAAGAGAAAAAGCUAGGGAUUUGCUUUGGAAAAAAUAGCACUGUAAUGAGUGGAACAUUAAAGUAAAAGUGUUGCCAUUGUACAAGGCGAAUGAGGUGUCUUCGUGAAAGAAUGUUACAGCGAAUAGUAGUUGUUCAAAUGAGCAAUGCCCAUGUUCAAACGUGUUGUUGGCAGAUGUUUCUGUGGAAUUUGUUUUAUAAUGAGGAAGUUCUACCAACUUUUUAUGCAACUAUUGCAGUUUUAAAAAAGUCGGAAAAUGUACAGAUUCUCCUGUAUUGCAAUUAUCACCUUUUUGCCAAAUAUUAUUCGUCUUUCUGCACCCAGCUUCUGGCUCCGUGUUCAAGUGGGGUCGGCAGUUUAUCUUGCCUGUGGCUUGUAUGCGUUUGAUUUAAAAAAAAACACGAGAGAUGUUAGCAUCUUUUUUAAGUGUGGUGAAAUGUUCUAAGACGCACACUCAGUCCUCUCGUCUGUCAGAACUAUUUAACUGCAAGAACUGUUUGCCUGUAACUACCUUCCCUCUGAGUUUACGUUUUACCGGUGCUGUUGGUGACCGUGACGCAGGUGAUGCAUUAUGUAGUCAAUGUAAGUCAGGAACGCCCGAGUCUGAUUUUGCCAAGUUCCGAAAUCACGCACCCAUUUACUGGAUCAUAAAAUGACCUUAUGA